CCCCCAACCCUAAAUUGCCAGAUCUGUACUCCGGAGGCGAAGGGUCGGAGCCACUCGCUACUUGCCGCCGCCGCCGCCGCCGCCGUCGUCGAGGGCGAGGCAGCGGCGCUCCGCCUCGGCUCGGGCGGCGCACCGGCGCCUCUGAGCGGCCACGCCCCGGUCUCCGCCAUCCGCCCGUCCGCCUCUCCGUUCGACCUCGUCCCGUGGUCCCUCCCUACGCCGCCGUCGACCGCCGUUUCUGGUAAUCUCAGGAACUUGAAAUGGCAGACGAGGAGCAUGCUCCAACGUCUAGGAAGAGGGUUGCAGGUACCCAAAUCAACAAGGAUAAUCCUGAGCCUGAUGAUGACUCAACUGAGCAAGAGAUGGGGACAUUUAAGAGAGCUAGUGAGGAAGUGAUGGCAACACGGAGAAUUGUAAAGGUUCGACGCCAGCAGCCCUCAUCAGCUCCUUCUAAUCCUUUCUCUGCAAUCAGAUUUACCCCCAGUGAUACCAGCGCCCAAGCAACUAUCCCUGUCUCAGAGCCUCAACCUUCUGAUGUCAUUACAGCGAAUGCAAAGGAUAGUUCAAGUGAGAAAGCUGAUGAGGGAAGCAAUGGCAGUGGGAAAGAUGCUUUACCUGUAACUGACAAGAGUGCAGGUUCUAGUGAGGUAGCUGAGACAGAAAAGGAUGGAUCAGAUCUGAAAGGAUCAGAUGAAAAAGCCAAGUCCAGUGACUCAAUUGAACCACCUUCUCAACCUGUUGAGACCACUGACGAAGCAAAAGACUUGGGGGGCGGAUCAGUGGUAGCUGGAGAGGCCAAGGAAGAUAACAGCAAGGCAUCUGAUAUCGAGGACAAAACAGCAAAAGAGGGAGAUGCUGAAGAAGAGGAUGGAGCAAAUGAGGCUGGAGCUGAAGACAAAAUUAGCAAGGGUGAUGAUGAGAAGAAAGAUGGAGAUGAAUCAGAGACAAAGGAUGGAUCGUCUGAGGAGCAGAAGGAUGCUGAUAACAAGGGGCAGUCGUCAUCACCAACACCCCUUUUCUCUUUCAAGAACCUGUCGAGUGGCCAAAAUGCCUUCACAGGACUGGCUGGAACUGGAUUUUCAGGCUCUUCAUUUUCAUUUGGAUCAGGCUCUAAAGAAAGCUCGAGUGCUCCCCUGUUUGGGCUAAAGACUGAUGGCUCAUCAUUCCCAUCUUUUAGUAUUGGUGCUUCGAAUAAUGGGAGUUCCUCCCCUGCGCUUGCGACUUCGGCAGAAGCUCCCAAGAAAUUUGCUAUGCCAGAGGGCCCAGUUGAAACUGGUGAAGAGAAUGAGAAGGCCAUAUUCACAGCCGACUCAGCAUUGUAUGAAUACUUGGAUGGGGGUUGGAAAGAAAGAGGAAAGGGGGAACUAAAGUUGAACAUCCCAGUAUCUGGUGGCGAGAGGUCUCGUCUCGUCAUGAGAACCAAGGGCAAUUACAGGCUAGUUCUUAACGCAAGCCUUUACGAGGACAUGUCGCUGAAGGACAUGGACAAGAAGGGCGUGACGUUUGCCUGUAUGAACAGCAUCGGCGACUCGCAGAGCGGGCUUGCCACAUUUGCUCUGAAGUUCAGGGAUACCAGCAUCAGGGAGGAGUUCAAAGCUGCGGUGGAGAUGCACAAGGCGAAAAAGGCGUCCGGCACACUCAAGACACCCGAGAACUCCCCGAAGGCAUCAGAUGAUUGAAGGUUGAAGCCCAACUCUCGCCACAAUGCACCGAGUCCAUGAAGUGGAGGAGCUGAGAUACGCUUCUUGUUCUUUUGGGGGGGUUUAUUUAAGUAACAUACCGUACCAUGUCACUACGCUGCCUUAAGAUGAUGAUGCGCUUGCAUACGGUUUCCUGUCGCUGUUUUUGGAACAGUGGGUAGAGUCCUGUGAAACUUUAAAUUAAAAGUCCUGAAAUCUUAGUAAGUGGAGAGAUGAGACUCCUAUUGCCUACUGUGAUGACCCCAGCGGACACUCACUAAGAGUAUGCCGCUGAGUGUUUGAUAUUCUAUUUGGGGAUGAGAUCUUUAUCAAUCGGUGUUGUACUGGUGUAUCAUGUAUCCGUGAUCUGCAGCGUCAGCGUCGCCUUACCUUUACCUUC